GCAGCCUUUCCUGUCUAUGGUCAGAUUUCACACACUUCCCAUUCUUUGCUUGCUUCAGGAGACACAGAAAGAAAGGUAUUUUCCCUGAUCUACAUGGGUGGUUGUUUAAUACGGCAGGUGAAUCGAGAACAGCGGGAUUUUGAAAAUUUGCUACAACACAAGCAUUUAUCAACAGCCAUUAAUUCAACAUGAGGAGGAGGCACUUGGCAAUCUUAUUCCUUCUGUCAUCUUCGAUGGUGAAUAUCUUCAGUUUAUUGGAAAUCAAUGAGCAGAGGAAGAAUAAAUGUGAUGAGAAGACACUUGUUAGCACAAAAACCAAAUGCAGAUCUUGCUCUCUUAAUUACGAAAUCCAGUGCCCUGAAGGUUAUACCAAAACGACCAAUAGCUCUGGGAUACGGGACUGCAGAUACUACCUUGAAAUCAGGACUUUCACACUGUCUCUUCCAGGGUGUCGGCAUGUAUGUAUGAGGGAGUUUCAGCAGUCUCAGUGUUGCCGAGGAUACUGGGGGGCAGACUGCCUAGAAUGUCCAGGUGGAGCGCUAUCACCCUGUAAUCACAGAGGACAUUGUUUUCAGGGUAUUAUUGGAAAUGGAACCUGCACCUGCCAGAAAGGAUUCGGUGGGACUGCCUGUGAAAAAUGUGCCGAAGACCACCUUUUUGGACCCAACUGUACUUCAGUAUGCAGCUGUGUUCAUGGAAUAUGCAACAACGGGAUAACAGGAGAUGGGAAAUGCACAUGUUUGUCUGGAUACAAAGGUCCUGGCUGUGACCAGCCAAUACCUGAAUGCCAGGCCUUGCAGUGCCCAGAGAACUCCAGAUGCUCUGUAUCCACUGUAGACGGAAAUCAACUAGAAUGCAAAUGUCUUCCAAAUUAUGAAGGAGAUGGCAGACAGUGUGAACCUAUCAACCCAUGUGCAAAAAAAGUUUGUGAUCCCCAUGCUGAUUGCUUCUACCUGGGACCCAAUCGUCAUAAAUGUAUAUGCCAAUAUGGUUAUAAAGGAGAUGGCCAAGUUUGCAUUCCAAUAGAUCCUUGCCAGACGAAAUUUGGUAAUUGCCCUACAGAGUCUACAGUCUGCAAAUACGAUGGGCCUGGAAAGUCCCACUGUGAAUGUAAAGAGAAUUUCAGAAAAUAUGUACCUGGACUAGGAUGCAGUAUGACAGACAUCUGUACAACUAACAAUCCCUGCCAUAAAUAUGCUGAAUGUGCAAUGGCUGCACCAGGACAAACUCUAUGUACCUGCCAAAAAGGAUAUGUAGGUGAUGGAUUUAUAUGCUAUGGAAACAUCAUGGAUCAGAUUAGAGACAUAGAUGCCAAACCUGGAGGACAGUGGCAAGCAAAACUAAUAUCUGCUAUAGAACUUUUUGAAAGUGCCUAUGAAUGGCCACUGAAUAGUCUGGGACCGUUUACUGUUCUUGUUCCAACAAAUAAGGGUUUCAAAGGAAUCAAUAUUAAGGACCUUCUGUCUAAUAAGGAGAGGGCCCAAUAUUUUGUGAAGCUCCAUAUAUUUGCUGGACAGCUAGACUUGAAUGGACUGAAUAACGCAAGUAUAGUUUAUACCCUCACUGGCAAGUCGGCAGAUGUACUGCUUGAUGAAAAGGACAAUCUGUUAAGAAUUCGAAUACAAGGAGGUAAGAAGAAAGCGAAAAUUGUACAAGGAGAUAUUGUUGCCUCCAAUGGAAUUGUGCACAUUAUUGACAAAGUACUAGACAACAUGGAACCCAUCUUUGCAGGGGAAAAAGAGAAAUCUAUAAUGGCGGUACUUCAAGACAAAACAAGGUACAGCAGAUUUAGAACCAUCCUGGAGAACACUGUUGUGGGAUCAAUGCUAGAUAUACAUCCUGGACCUAACACAGUUUUCAUUCCAACAAAUGAUGCUUUGGAAAACUUGAGAGAUGGAGUUCUGGACUACCUCUUGUCAAGUAAGGGUUCACGGAAGCUUCGUGAGCUGGUUCAGUAUCAUGUUGUUUCUCACACCCAGCUGGAGGUUGCCAGCCUUAUCUCUGCAGGGCACAUCAAUACGAUGGCUCAACAAUUCAUCUAUUUUAACAUCACUGAUAAUGGACAAAUCCUGGUCAAUGGUGAGCGAAUAGAAGAAACAGACAUCAUUGCAAAAAAUGGCCGAAUUUACACACUUACUGGUGUCCUUAUACCUCCCUCCAUAAUGCCAAUUCUGCCACAGUGGUGUGAUGAAGAGAAAACUGAGAUUAAGAUGGGUACCUGUGGAAAAUGCCAAGUUGUCCACAGAAGCAGUUGUCCAGAAAAUUCAAAAAUUAUUGCUUCCACAGUGAGUAGGUGCCUCUAUCAUGACCAAACCCAUGUCACAUAUGGUUGUGCUAAAGUCUGCAAUAUAACAAAAAAGGAACCUAAAUGCUGCAAGGGAUUCUUUGGCCCAGACUGCAACCAGUGUCCUGGUGGCUUUUCCAAUCCCUGUUCAGGAAAUGGUCAGUGUGUGGAUGGGAUGAAGGGAAAUGGAACUUGCAUGUGCAAUAGUGGAUUUGAAGGAUCACACUGUCAGUUCUGUUCAGACCCCAACAAAUACGGACCACAAUGUGACAAAAAAUGCUUGUGUGUUUACGGAAAAUGUGACAACCAUAUAGAAAGUGAUGGAAUCUGUCUGCCUGGUUCAUGCAAAAGUGGAUACACUGGAAAACUCUGUGACACACAGGUGUUUCCAUGUGGGAUGUUCCUUCAGUUCUGUCAUGCACAUGCAGACUGCAUGUAUAGCAAUGGUGCCAUGAGCUGUGUUUGCAAAGCUGGCUAUGAAGGAGAUGGAAUAGUUUGCAGUGAAGUAGAUCCUUGUGCUAAUUUAAUUCCACAUGGCUGCAAUAGUAAUGCAGAAUGUAUUAAGACUGGUCCGGGAACCCAUGAAUGUGUGUGCCAGCCAGGUUGGACAGGAAAUGGAAGAGACUGUUCAGAAAUCAAUAACUGUCUGCUGCCAGAUUUUGGAGACUGUCAUAGUAAUGCUACUUGCCUUUAUAUAGGUCCAGGUCAGAAUGACUGUGAAUGUAAAGAGGGGUUUCGGGGGAAUGGAUAUGAAUGCGAACCAAUAAACUCCUGUUUGGAACAAAAUGAGAAAUGCCAUCCACUGGCAGUUUGUCAGCUCACGUCUUCUGGAGUAUGGGAAUGUGUGUGUUCAAUGGGCUAUGAAGGAGAUGGAAGCAUAUGCUAUGGAAAUGCAGUAGAUGAAUUAUCUUCUAUGUCAGAAGCAGCUGAAUUUAAUGAGUGGGUUCAUACAGCUGCAAUAAAGACCCUGCUGACAGACAUGACAAAUGUAACCAUUCUUGUGCCUUCUCGCCAAGCAAUUCAAAAUAUGGAUCAUGAUGAGAAAGCUUUCUGGAUGUCCAAAGACAAUAUCCCAGCCCUAGCAAAGCAUCAUAUUUUAAAAGGAGCAUACACAGUUGCUGACCUCCAAAGCCUGUCAUCAUCAGAAGGACUGGCAACAUCUUUGCUUGGCAACUUCUUGUCACUAUCCAAAAAAAGUGGAAAUCUCUCUGUUGAUGGAGCCAACAUUGUAGCUGGUGAUAUCGCAGCAACAAAUGGGAUUAUACAUGUAGUUGAUAAGGUUCUGACUCCUCUCAGAGGAGUAAGUGGUGCACUGCCCAAACUACUCCCCCGCUUAGAACAGAUGCCAGAUUACUCCAUUUUUAGGGGCUAUAUUAUCCAAUAUAACCUGGAAAAUGAAAUAGAAGCAGCUAGCACCUACACCAUUUUUGCCCCAAGCAAUGAUGCCAUUGAAAAUUAUCUCAAGAAUAAAGGCUCUGCUUCUCUGGAUGAAAACCAAAUCCAGUACCACAUUAUACUAGAGGAGAAGCUCUUGAAGAACGAUAUGCAUAAUGGGAUGUUCAGAGAGACCAUGCUUGGGCUGUCUUUCAGAGUGGGAUUCUUCAUCCACGAUGAGCAGCUCUACAUAAAUGAGGCACCUAUAAAUUACCCAAAUGUCGCAACCGAUAAAGGAAUAAUUCAUGGACUAGGAAGAGUAAUGGAAAUUGAGAAGAACAGAUGUGAUAUUAAUGAUACUACAGUGAUAACAGGAAAGUGUCUGCCAUGCUCCUUCUCAUCCAGCUGCCCUCCUGGAACAAAGCCAAUGCCAGGCAAAAGAGAGAUCUGCUAUUAUAUCCACUACUAUAGUGUGUCCAUUCGCUCUGGAUGUCAACCCAAAUGUGUUAAAACCAUCAUUACCAGAGAAUGUUGUGCAGGUUUCUAUGGCUCACAGUGCGAGCCUUGUCCAGGAUUGGUUGGAAACAGUUGCUUUGGCAAUGGGAUAUGCUUGGAUGGUAUCAAUGGCACUGGUUCCUGUGAGUGUGAAGCAGGAUUCCAGGGAGUGGCCUGUGAAAUGUGUAUCCCAGGCAAAUAUGGCAUCAACUGUGAUCAAGUAUGUGCUUGUGUGCAUGGGAAAUGCAACAGCGGCAUUAAAGGAGAUGGCACUUGUGAAUGUGAUGUGGGCUGGACAGGUGUGAACUGCGAACAGGAAAUCAAAGAUGAUGAAUGCAACAGGACUUGUCACACUAGCGCCAAUUGCCUUCCCAAUCCUGGAGGCACAGCUUAUUGCAAAUGUGCAGCUGGAUUUAAGGGGAACGGAACCUACUGUACAGCUAUAAAUCCAUGUGAAACAAGCAAUGGAGGUUGUUCUGCCAAAGCAGAAUGCAGACGUACUACACCAGGAAACAGAGUGUGUGUCUGCAAAGCAGGUUACACUGGAGAUGGAAUUGUCUGCUUUGAAAUCAAUCCCUGCUUGGAGAAUAAUGGUGGAUGCAAUAAAAAUGCAGAGUGCACUCAUAUUGGACCCAACCAAGCAGCGUGUAACUGUUUUCAAGGAUACUCUGGGGAUGGUAAAACAUGCUCUUACAUCAAUCCAUGUUCAAUUAAUAAUGGUGGCUGUGGAGAAAAUGCAUACUGCAAUGAUACUAACCAGUCAGACAGGACCUGCACCUGUAAACCCAAUUAUAUUGGAGAUGGAUUUACUUGCAGAGGCAGCAUCUUCAUGGAGCUGGCAAGGAAUGGCAACACUACACGAUUUAAUGGAUAUUUAAUGGAUGCUGCUGUCAGAGAUAUUGCAGGAAGUGGUCCUUUCACUGUUUUUGCACCAAGCAGAGAAGCAUUUCUAGCUGAAUUAAAAGUUAAUGACUGGUUUUCCAAAGGGAUCAUGCCCCAGAUUCUUCGUUACCAUAUGGUAUCCUGCACAGGACUUCUCUAUAAUGAUCUCACAUCAGAUAAAACUGUCACCACUCUCCAUGGGGAACAACUGGCAAUCACAUUUGCACAGAAUUCAGUUUUUUUGAAUGGCAAAGCUAAGAUUGUAACUAGUGAUAUAAUCUGUACAAAUGGAGUAAUACAUAUCAUAGACAAAGUCCUGAUCCCACAGAGGAUUCAAGAUUUCCCACCUGGACAACCAACUCCUGUAAAGGAAAAUCUCAAAACGAUUGCAGCCAAAAAUGGAUACAUUAUGUUCUACAACUUGAUAGAGAGUUCAGGACUGAUUAGUCUUAUUAAUGACCCACUUCAUCAACCAGUCACUUUGUUUUGGCCUGGGGACAAGGUGAUUAGAGGUCUCCCAAAAGAUCGGCAAGAUUUACUGUUUAAAAUGUCAGACAAGGAGAAACUGCUACAAUACUUGAAAUUCCAUAUUAUUGGGAGUGCUAAGAUUUUUGCCUAUGCUCUUCCUAACUCUGAUUCACUGAAGACACUUCAAGGUUCUGAUCUCAGUGUGAAGUGUGGUGAUGAUGAUACAAACAUUGGUGAAUUGUUUCUCAAUGAAAGGAGAUGCAAGAUAGUACAAAGGCAUCUGGAAUUCAAUAGUGGUGUUGCUUAUGGAAUUGACUGCAUGUUAACAGAUCCAGUGUUUGGGGGCCGUUGUGACACUUUCAUCACUUCUGAUUUACCGGGGGAAUGCAUUAGCUGCUACAGAAAUUUUCAGUGUCCAACUGGGAGUAAAGUGGUGGGGGACAUUCAGCGAUGUACUUAUGUGAUCAGCCGCAGGAUCGUGUCAGGCUGUCGGAAGGCUUGUGCUAUGGUGGUGAGGGUGCCACAGUGCUGCAAGGGAUAUUUUGGGAAUGAAUGUCAGGCAUGCCCAGGAGGACCGGAAGCUCCAUGUAAUAACCAUGGUCCCUGUGAUGAAGGAUAUGCCGGCACAGGGCAAUGUACUUGUAACAGUGGCUUCAAUGGAACUUCAUGUGAACUCUGCCUGCCUGGAAGAUAUGGCUUGGAUUGCAAGUCCUGUGAGUGCACAGAGCAUGGACAGUGUGAUGAAGGCAUUUCUGGAUCAGGACAAUGUUUCUGUGAAACUGGAUGGACGGGACGACUCUGUGACACCAAACUUGCUUCAGUCCCAGUGUGUUCGCCCAACUGUUCUGUUAAUGCAGUGUGCAAAGAACAUAAUACCUGUCAAUGUAAGCCAUAUUAUAGCGGAGAUGGAAUCACAUGUACAGCUGAGAACCUUUGUAAGAAAAACAAUGGUGGCUGUCAUAAGAAUGCAAAAUGUAUACAAACAGGUGUGAAGAUCAAUUGCACAUGUCAGAAAGGGUACACAGGAGAUGGCCAUGCCUGCAUUGCUGUCAACCCUUGUGCUGAUGGACUCAAUGGUGGAUGUGAUGAACAUGCUACCUGUACAAUGACAGGGCCUGAUAAGCGUAAGUGUGAAUGCCAUGAUAACUAUAUUGGUGAUGGAAUUAACUGUGAGGUGGAAAAGCUACCUGUGGACAGAUGUUCGCAGAACAACGGGCAAUGCCAUGCUGACGCUAACUGUGCUGAUCUUCAUUUCCAAGAUCUUACUGUAGGCGUUUUUCAUGUUCGUUCUCCAAAAGGACAGUACAAGUUGACUUUCCAGCAAGCAAAUCAGACCUGUGCAGAUGAAGGAGCAACAAUAGCUACAUACAAUCAGCUCUUAUAUGCUCAGAAGGCAAUGUAUCAUCUGUGUUCUGCUGGCUGGCUGGCUAAUGGAAGGGUAGGCUAUCCAACGGCCUUCUCUGCCCCGAAAUGUGGUGGGGGAGCUGUCGGGAUUAUUGACUAUGGGGUCCGAGACAACGUGAGUGAAACCUGGGACGUCUUCUGUUACAGAGUCAAAGAUGUCAACUGCACCUGUAAAACUGGUUAUGUGGGUAACGGAUUUAUAUGUAGUGGGAACCUGCUUCAAGUCAUUGUUUCUUUCCCAACACUUGAAAACUUUGUCUCGAAGGUCCAGCUUUAUUCAAAUACCUCAAGAAAAGGCCAGGAGUUCCUUAAAUACCUCACAAAUUUAUCCAUUAAUGCAACACUGUUUGUACCAAACAAUGAUGGGCUGAAGAAAAAUGAGUCACUGUCUGGAAGAGAUAUUGAGUAUCAUUUAUCUAACAUUGGCACAUUCUAUUAUGAAGAUAUGACCAACGGAACCACUCUUCAAACUAGAAUAGGGAAAAGGCUAUUAAUUACGCACAAUGGAGACCAAGACUACCACGUUUCUUCCAUUAAAAAGACGGAAACAAAAUAUGUGGAUGGAAAGGCUAUUCUUGAGUGGGACAUUGUUGCUUCUAAUGGCGUCAUCCAUGUAAUUGCAGCACCUCUGAAAGCCCCUCCUGUCCCCCCGACUCUACAUCCUGCAGUUGGAACAGGAAUAUUCUUUGUAAUCCUUCUGGUAGUUGGAAUUAUUGCUCUUGCUAGCUAUUCAUACUUCAGAUUCAAGCAAGGAACCAUUGGCUUCCAACGUUUCAAGGGAAAAGAUGAUAUUGAUGUAACUGCACUGGACAAGGCCCAGUCUUCAAACAUCUCAAAUCCUAACUAUGAAGAUUCAGCAACAGUAGAUGCUUCUCGAGAUCCAAUUUCAAUUUCUGAUGAACAGCAGCUGGUGAGCGGUGAUCCCAGUGAGGCAUUCUGAUCCCCUGAAAGGCAUCAUCAAAUACACAAACUGUCAGCUGG